AUGGAACCACCUGCGGAGACAUCUUGCUCUCAACAGCUUUCAUCAAUUAAUACUAAUAAUGAUGUUAACAGUUUGGACGAGAAAGUAAGACAUACGAUGGAACGAGGUGCAUCGGCAGCUCCACCGACUACCUACCAACUUCAAAUUGAUCCUAACAUUACAUUUAAUUCGGUCAACCGUCCAUUCGAAGAAUUACCAGAGAAUUUCUUGGAAAGUAUAAGUCCGCAGCAAAACCAAGGUUCUGCGCCUCAGGAAAGUCCACAGCUUGCACCAUUGGCACCUAUGAGUCUUGGUUCGAAUGACAACUUCGGAAAAUCAUCUGAUUUCAAUGCUUAUGCAACCCUGGCACCUAUGUCAGCAACACCGUCGUAUGUGGGUGCAAUGAAAAUUGAACCGUUGCAAGAUCAGCUUCAUAGCGCGUCCAUGCAGCACAGCAGUCACUCCUCUGGUUUGGAUAAACUGAGCUCCAGUCCGGCUGGUCUUCUAUCUCCAUUGCAAACAACGACGCGAUCAGAUAAUCUUGUUUGCUCAAGUUUGUUGGGUGCCCAUCAAAAUGGUGGACGUGCAAGUGAAAUGCUAGCCGGUUUGCGAAGACAUCAUCCAUAUAUCAAAGAAGAAGUCGAUUUGGGACAAGAUUUCAAAACGAUGGAUUCGCCCUUUAUAUCUCAGCAGUCGGUAUGCUUUACUGAAAAAAGGCAGCUUGUAAUAGAAUUUAAGUUAUAUUUGGUCGCUGCUCAACAGUCAUGUAUUUUAUCUUGGGAGAUGUUUCAGGCUAGUUUACUAAGUCAAGAUGAUCAUCAGCAAGAACUCGAUCAUCGUUUGGCGAAUGCUGAAACUCCACCAGCAGUGAGUAAUGUUGAGCUUGCAAGUUCCUUCAUUGCAACAAUGAUAGGCGAACAGCCACCCAGUUCACCGGCACCACAGCAUACUAUAUUUCGACAAAGUCGACGUAAUUUUUCUUCCAUGGAUACGGCUGAUUUGCGUGGCAGCGAUGAUCUUGAAGUAAAUGCGGCAGAAACAAGUGAUGAUGAUUUGACAUUUGCUGACGAUAAUGGUGAACCGACAAGUACAACUAGACUUACUUCUACUGUUGGUGCACCACGUGCUAGUUAUUCUACUAAGGACACUACAGAUCCUUUGAAUGCAGAAAUAGACGAUGACAUUUAUAUCGAUACGACUGAUCUGUGUAAGCGAAUUGCGUGGGAACUCAAGCAGCACUCUAUACCUCAGGCUAUCUUUGCUGAAAGGAUUCUUUGUCGGAGUCAAGGGACACUUUCCGAUUUGCUAAGAAAUCCAAAGCCAUGGAACAAAUUGAAGUCAGGAAGAGAAACAUUUAGACGAAUGUUCAACUGGGUGCAACAGCCACUUGAACUGCGGCUGGGUAUUCUUGAUAUGUACAAAGGAAAAGGAGGUAUGUUACCAUCUUCAAUGAGUCCACCUACUCCAGCACAGAAUGCUCGACAAGGUUCACGACAUAAAGGUCGAGACGGUGAUGGCUUAAGUAGUACCAAAAGGCCUCGAUUAGUUUUCACCGAUAUCCAAAAAAGGACUCUGCAGGCUAUCUUUAAAGAAACACAACGGCCAAGCCGUGAAAUGCAGCAAACAAUUGCUGAACAUUUGCAGUUAGACCUCUCAACAGUAGCGAACUUUUUCAUGAAUGCUCGACGAAGAUCCAGAAGUGGUCCAUUAAUGGGUGAUGCUCCAGCGCCCUAUCAACAAGUACGGCCAAUCACACCACCUCCUGAAUCACCGCCGCAACAUCGAAAUCCGAAUAAAGCACGCGGUAAUCGCCAUACUUCACGCAGUGAUGGCGAGAAUUCAUCUGUUACAAGCAGCUCACGAAUCGAAACUACAGUCGCGCAGGUUGUUGAAGAAGCAGCUGAGUAUGCACGACGCUAUGAUGAGGGCACUUAUUCUGACGAAAAAAAUUUGAAAUUUCGUAUUGGUGAAAUGGACAAUAGUGUUGGAAUGGGGGAUAAUAACUCGAGGAUUGAUUACGAAGAUCAGGCACCGGAAUAUAAGAUGAUCCGGUUAUCAAAUGAUCACUCUUUUUCAAUAGAUUCGAGGCAAAUUGCUACGGCAGACGAAUUGUUAGCAAACGAAUUACCAGAUGAUGAGGUACAGUUGAACCCGGAUCCUAACACAAGUAUGCAGGCUGUUAAAACUGUGAGUGACAAAGAUGAAAGUGUUUUCUUGGUGUCAGUUCCAGUAACAUCGGAGUCUGAAUGCGAUACUGUCGAACAGCAGCAACGGUUGCAUCCCGUGAUGUCUUUUGGUAACAAAAUGAUAAUAGUAAAAGUGGAACAGAGAGAAAAUUCCAAUUCGAAUGCUGCCGCUAAUUCACGUUAA